AUGAACGCGGUACUGUCUCAGUUUUCGCGAAGCGAUGCUGUGCGCAAUGUAAAGGAUAUGCGUCAGGAGAAUGAGCUGGCAUUAGGUGCGGCAGAAUUUACCGUGCCGGGCACGGACGACGGUGUUGUCGUCGCUGUUGAUUCGCGUGCGUCUGCAGGAUCGUACAUUGCCUCUGGCAGCGUGAAAAAGGUGAUUGAAAUCAACCCGUACCUGCUUGGCACGAUGGCUGGCGGUGCUGCAGAUUGCCAGUACUGGGAAACGUAUCUUGGUCAUCAAUGCCGCCUGUACGAGCUGCGAAACAAGGAGCGCAUUUCUGUUGCGGCGGCGUCCAAGAUAUUGAGCAAUCUCGUAUACUCGUACAAGGGUAUGGGCCUGAGUAUGGGAACGAUGAUUUGCGGUUGGGACAGAACGGGUCCAUCAAUUUUUUAUGUCGACUCCGAUGGCUCACGCAUGAAGGGAGAUAUUUUUUCGGUUGGGUCCGGCUCCACGUUCGCCUACGGCGUCCUGGACCAGGGGUACCACUGGGACCUUUCUACUGAAGAGGCACUGGAUCUUGGGCGCCGGAGUAUCUAUGCUGCGACACACCGUGAUGCGUAUUCUGGUAACACGGUCAACCUUUACCACAUCAACCGUGACGGCUGGGAGUUUAUCGCCAACUACGAUGCCAUGUCCCUGCACUACAACGGUGUGCCUGACGAGGUUCCGCAUGCACCGAGCGGGGGCUACGGCUAUAAUGUACGUGUCGCGGGUCUUUCCUCGAAGGCGGGCAAUGCGGACGCCCAUGAUACCGUCAUGGCUAGCAGCGCAUAG